AUGAGGGGGACAAACCUCAGCACUGGGACAGAGUUUGUCCUGCUGGGGCUCCAGGAGAACCACGCUCUCGAGUUGAUCCUGUUCAUGUGCUGCCUCGGCAUCUACUCUGUGAGUGUGCUGGGAAACUCCCUCCUCAUUGUGCUAAACAUGCUGGACCCCCAUCUGAACACCCCCAUGUACUUCUUCCUCAGCAACCUUUCCUUCAUAGACAUCUGUGGCACCUCUGCCUUUGUGCCUCUCAUGCUAGUCAACUUCCUGAAAGUUCAGAAGACCAUCUCCUUCCCUGGCUGUGCCCUACAGAUGUUCCUCACUUUGGGAAUGGGCUCCACAGAGUGCUUGCUCCUUGCUGUGAUGGCCUAUGAUCGCUAUGUGGCCAUCUGCCAGCCACUGAGGUACCCAGAGCUCAUGAACAUGAGGAUAUGUAUACGGAUGGCUGUGCUGAGCUGGGGAACAGGGUUCAGUAACUCACUGCUGCAGUCUGUGUUCACCUGGAGCCUCCCCUUCUGUGGCCACCAUGUCAUCAACCACUUCUUCUGUGAGUUAUUGGCAAUGCUCAAACUGGCCUGUGGGGACAUCUCCCUAAAUGCCCUACUAAUAUUAGUGACCGCAGUGAUCCUGACAUUGCCCCCUUUUCUGCUCAUCUGCCUGUCCUACAUCUUUAUCUUGGCCACAAUCUUUAGGGUUCCUUCUGCUGCAGGCCGGCGCAAAGCUUUCUCCACCUGUUCUGCCCACCUCAAUGUGGUUGUCAUUUUCUAUGGAGCCCUCAUAUUCAUGUACUUCAAACCCAAGGCUAAGAAUCCCCAGUGGGAUAAGAUGAUUGCUUUAUUCUAUGGGAUCGUGACCCCCUCCCUAAAUCCCAUCAUCUACAGCCUGCGUAACGCAGAAGUAAAAGCUGCUGCUUUGGCGCUGUUGCGGGGAGACCUGCUCUCCAGGAAGCUGUCCCAGCUCUCCUGCUGGAAUCCUGUGCACUCAGGCUAA